AUGUCAGUUGAAAUUGUACCGUUACCAUUAAGAAUAAAAGAAGACGAAAUUUUUUUAUCAUAUGACGAUAGAUUAAAUAGAGUAGUUUUAAAGUCACACACAGGAUUUGGAUAUGUUCAGUUGGAUGAUCCAGAAGCAACUAGAAAGUACUACCCUUCUGACAAAUUUAUUAAAGAUGCAAAGUUUUCACCAAAUUUAAAGUAUUCUGCAACUUUAUAUAGUGAUUGUGAUAUAGAAAUACUACAUUUAGAGAAUGGAACUAGAUAUACACAAUCAUGUAAAUAUAAAUCUACCAAAGGUACAACUAUAAUAGGUUUUUAUUGGACUCAAAAUGAUAAUAUUUUAUUGGUAACAAAUAUUUCACUAGAAUUAUACGCAAUGUCAGUCGAUGGCUCAUGUAAAUUGCUAUGGUUAUUAUUAAAUGAAAAAUCAGUACUAAUGUUUCAAAUAAAGUUUAAUUGUAAUUUUGGUGUAUUAUUUCUACAUUCAGGUGGUACAUCGAUUCAACCAUAUUUUUUUAGAUCAAAUUCAUUCGAUAAAUUACCAAAAUUCAAUAUAGAAGGAAACCUCACUUUUAAUAUCAACAAUUUAUAUGUCACCAAAUUACAUGAAAAGUUUUUUUGUGUUUAUGGCGAUACCGAAUAUAUCUAUCUUUAUGAAAUGACAUUGGAAACCAUCUAUAAGAUCAAACCUAUUAAAAUUGUAUUACCCGGUCCAAACACCAUACAUUUCGUAGAUAAUUUAAUUAUUGUACAUAGCGAAUUAAAAAUUAGUGUUGUCUAUGACCUCAAGAUGAUUCAACGUGAUCGUGACCGUGAACGUGAUAGAGCCAACAAUAAGAAGGGUCAAGAAUUCCCAAUCUCAGCAAUACCUCUAACUGUAUCGUUACAAAAUAGUAAUAAUAUUAAUCAUCUAAUUGCAAUGGCAACUCAAUCACCACACACAUCACUUAAAUAUAAUAAAAAUAAUAAUUUAAACAAUAAUAACUUUGAUCAACAACAACAAUUCUACCAACAACAAUCAUUGCAACAACAGCAACAGCAACAAUCAUUACAAAAUAGUUUUGAAAACCAACACCAAUUAGAGUUUCAACUUCAACAACAGCAACUCCUUUCAAGAAUGAACAGUAACCUUUAUUCAAAGAGUUGGAAAUAUAUUUGUCCCCACUAUAUCUAUGAUUCAGAUACAGGUAUUUGGUUUGAAGUCACUUUAAAUUUCGAAAAAAUCUCAAAUUUCCUUCAAUUUGAUCCACAAAAAACCAUUCCUUUCCUUCAAGAACGUACUCUACCUAGCGCAAAAUUCGCUCUUUUAGCUCUUAUUAAAACGAUUAUUGAAUUUAAAACAGAUAAUUUAGAUGGUAUUGGAAAAAUCUAUGACGAUUUAAAUAAAGUUUUAUUUAAAGCAACAAAUAGACAAUUAACUGAAAGCUUACACAAAUUACAACACAGCAAUAGUAUAAAUAACAAUCAAUCACCAAACAAUAACAACAAUAAUAAUAGUGGUGGCAGUAGCCUAUCAAAUAGUGGUAGUGGCAUAAAUAUUACAGGUAACAGUAGCUUAAACUCCUCAAACGAAAAUACUCCAACUGCAUCACCAUCAAAUUCAUUUAUUGGUAAUUCAAGAUUAUUAAAUGGCAAUAACUCUGCUACAGGCAAUACAUCAUCACCAUCAUCAAAUCAAAAUAACUUAUCAUACCUAAGACAUAAGCAACUACAGCAACAGCAACAACAACAACAACAGCAACAAAAGAAUACUGAUACCCAAAACAACAACAAUGAUGAAGAAGAUCCAUUCGAUUUAAUAGGGGAUGCAGGUCCAUAUCAUUCACCAAAAAUAUAUAAAUCUAAUUCACUCUCUGCCUCAUCACCAUCAUCUCCAAAUUCUACAAUUUCAAAAUCGACACUUUCAUCAUCAAGCUCAUCUGUCUUAACAUCAAACAACAACAGCAACACACCAAUUCAUGUAGUUCCAAGUAGACAAUCAAGAUCAAGUCAAUAUAUUUUAAUUAAUAGUCAUGAUAUGUAUGAUUUUGUAUUUAAUCCAAUUUAUGAAAAACUACUAGCCGAAUCUCAAUUACAACAACAUAACCAACAAGAAAACUGUCCAAAUUUAGAUGAAACACAAAAACUAACUUUAGAUUCAAAAUAUCUUAUUGCCAUUGUAAUUCAAUAUAUUAAAUCAUUAAGUUUUAACCAAUGUACAGGUAUUUCAGAUAAACUGUAUAAUCUUUUAAUUAGUUUAUUAAUCGAUAAUAAUAUGUUUUCAAAAUUACACCAAUUCCUUCAAUACUACGUAAUAACCGACUCAUUGCCAAUAGCCUACAAACUUUUAUCAAUCGGUGAACAAUAUCCUCCAGUUUUACAAUUAUCAUUGGAUAUGUUUAAAAGACUCAGUAUGCCAAAUAUCAUUAUCGAAACUCUAUUAGAAAGAAAUCAAGUAGUUCAAGCCAUUCAUUUAUUAAGAUCAACCAAAGACUCAAACCAACAACUUUAUCAAGAUCUUUUAAAUCCAAAUUAUCCAAUACCCUUCCUUCAAGUAUCAUCAAAUCAAAAUAAUGAUACUCUUUUCUUUUCAGUAUUCAAAUUCUUUGAAACUAAUGGUUUAAUUCUUCCCCAUCUACCAUCCUUUGAUAGAUAUAUUAAGCUUUUUGUCGAAAAGUUUACCGAAAAAAGCUUAUCCCCACAACUAUUAGACUCAAUUAAUAAUUUAACCAAAAACUCAACACCAAAAAAAACUUCCCCAGCUUUAAGAUCAAGUAAUUACUCUUUAAAUAAUUCACCAAAACUUCAAUCCUCAAAUAUUUAA